CUCCAUCCAAUCACCGGUAGUUUAACAUCUGUCACCUGGCAUCUUCACAGUCCCAUCAGACGUCCGUUCGUGCAGGUUAGAGCAAGCCUUCAAGAAAUCAAAUUUUCAAUUCCUGAGAAACAUGUUGCUGCUAGUCUUCGUGUUUCUUCUUACAGUAUCGUCGACAAAAGAAAAAACUCCUGAACAAGUCUUCGCAACUUUUGACAAGAAUGGUGACACAUUUCUCUCAAGGGUGGAAUUAAAAUCUACGUUUGCCAAAUACGACACCAACAGAGAUCGGAUUGUCACCAAAUCCGAGUAUGUCAACUUCGUUACUACGAACGAGCCUUGUGUCAACGGAGAAAUUUUUUUUGCCGCUUUCGACUCCAACAACGACAACAAGUUAACCGACGACGACUAUAACGCCAUGUUCGACUCGAUGAACGCAAACAGUGAUACUGGGAUCUCGAUGAAUGAGCAUCAGCAGUAUAUGGAAACGAUCGCCAGUACCCCAGGGGCCUUCAAACAAUACUGUCCUGUCACAGAGUUUCACCAGGACAUCGUGGCCGUACAUCAGCUUUGAUGUUGUCUAAACGAUGUUUGAGGUUCAGCAAAUAAACAAAAACAGACAAAAUAAAUGUGUUUGGU